GUUGCUGUAAUAUCGUCAGAUUAGUAGCUGUAAAAUUAGCGGCGAUCGACACGAACAAGGAUGGAUACUUCUUCUGCUUCAAGGGAUCAGGCAGAGAAGAAAAAAUGCCAGUGCCUGAAUAAAGUAAGCAACUUCAUCACUGGCUCGAUGGAAAAAGGGUUUUAUAGGUUAGGAAGAGCAGUUGGUGGAAGUCCUUGGAUUACUAUCUUGAUUUCACUCAUUGUCUGUGGGGCAUGUGCAGCUGGGCUCAUCAACUUUACUCAAGAAGCACGAGGGGACAAGUUGUGGACUCCUGAAGAUUCAACAACGCAAAAGCACAAGCUUUGGGUGGAUGACAACUUUCCAUUAGAAUUGCGUGUAUCCACAGUUCUACUUGUGGCUGGAGAUGUUCUUACUCCUGCAGUUUUGAAAGAGGCACUCACAAUUCAUAACAAGGUCAAAAAAGUAGGCAAUGGAACUGAUAUUUCUUGGGAAAAAUUUUGUUUCAGGGUUGGCCCAGUUUGCUUAAACAAUGGUCUACUGGAACUUUGGUCAUUUGACGAGGCUCGUAUUAAUUCACUUACAAAAGAAGACAUCUUGAGGAAAAUAAACCAGCCAACUAUCAUAAGUCCUGUAACAAAAAAGAGAUUUGUGCUGUCCCAGUACUUGGGUGGAAUUGAGAAGAACUCAUCAGGUUCCAUUAUAAAGGCGGAAGCAACAUCAAUGUCCUAUGGGGUAAAAUAUACCCCUGAACUCAAUGAAAACUCAGGAGCUUUGGAGGAUAAAAAGACAUUUGAAUGGGAGGAGAAAUUUGGCGAAUUAAUGGAGGGCCUGGAACCAUCAUCUGCCGAGUUGUUUUACUAUACUCGUCGCAGAUAUACAACAGAUUCAGGUGACAGCAUUCAAGGGGAUGUUCAACUUCUCUCCGUUGGAUACAUUCUUAUCAUUAUUUAUGUGGCAGUUAUGCUUGGAAGAUUUACCCGUCUCAAUAUCAAGGCUUGGCUGGCCUUACUUGGCGUUGUUUGCAUUGGACUAGCCAUUGGUGUGUCAUUUGGGCUGGCCAGUGCUUUUGGAGUUUUCUAUGGUCCUGUUCACUCAACGCUGCCAUUUCUUUUACUUGGUAUUGGAGUAGAUGAUAUGUUUGUCAUUGUACAAGCAUGGAACAACUUAUCCCCUGACACUCAUAAGAACCAAGAAGUUGCAGAGCGAGUUGGACUUGCCUUAAAACAUGCUGGUUGCUCAAUAACAAUAACAUCUUUGACUGAUUUCUUGGCUUUCAUGAUAGGAGCAACCACUAUUUUACCAGCUUUGCGGUCAUUCUGUAUUUUUGCAGGAAUCGGUAUUUUAGCAGACUUUGCGCUUCAGGCCACACUGUUUACCGCCUUUUUAGCUCUGGACGCCAAAAGGCAAACUAAGAAUCGAGAUGGCUGCUGCUGUUGUAUCAAGCUGAGGGAAGAUUACACGGAAAGCGAUCGAGGCAAGAGAGAUCUUUUACAGGAAUUUAUGGACAAAUAUGUGGCACGGGCCAUACUGUCGCUUCCAGGAAAGAUCAUUGUGAUAGUUAUUACAGGGGUCCUGUUUGGUGUCAAUUUGUACGGUACAAUGAUGCUGAGGCAGUACUUUGACCGUGUCUGGUUUUUACCAGUCGAGUCCGUGAGUUACAAGUACAGCACAAUGAACUCUAAGUAUUUCCCAGUCGAGGGGAGACCGGCAAAUAUCUACACAGGAAAGUUUGAUUAUUUUGAUAAUCAAGCCAAACUACACGGCCUUUAUGAUGUGGCAGUCAGUGACGAGUAUGUGGUGGCCAGCUCAGUGAACAGUUGGUAUGAGGACUAUAUUAACUGGGCCAAGAAAGAAAAACCCGGGCAAAAUUUCGAUCAGUCCAGCUCUAAAUGGAAAAUAAAUAGCAAAACAGACUUCUACGGAUGGCUGAAUGAAUUCCUACAGGGACCUGGAAUCAGUUAUCGUAAUGAUGUGCGAAUGAAAAAUGGAACGGGCCCACUCUUUGAAAUUACUGCUACGCGAAUGGGAUUGACACACAAAGACAUGGACUCCACUCAAACAGAAGUCAAAGCUAUGGAAGACUUGCGUAAAAAAGUCGAAGAAGUGUUCCCCGAGGAGCUGGCCUUCCCAUAUUCGUUCGUUUAUCUAGGAUGGGAGACAAAUAAGGUGAUCUCCGAGGAACUGUUCCGUAAUAUGGGUCUGGCCCUCAUGACAGUCUUUUUAGUUACUCUGCUUGUCCUCGCAAACUUGGGGACUUGUCUCCUUGUUUUCACUUGUGUCGGCUUCACUUUGGUGAACAUUACAGGCACGAUGCAUUUCUGGGGCCUGACAAUCGAUACCGUGAGCACCAUCUGCCUGGUGCUCGCGGUUGGGCUGUCUGUGGAUUACGCUUCUCACGUUGGACACACUUUCAUGAUAAUACCAGGCUCGCGAACUGAACGAGCCCGCGCUACCUUGAGAGAUAUUGGUCCAGCAGUAUGGAAUGGAGGUUUUAGUACAUUUUUAGCUGUUUUUCUUUUGGCGUUUUCCAAUUCGUACGUGUUUAAGACAUUCUUCAAGGUGUUCUUCUGUGUAGUCUUGUAUGGUUUGUUUCACGGCUUGUGCUACCUUCCCGUGCUGCUCAGCGCCAUCGGACCAGCUCCGUACCAAUCUGCGCAGUCGCAUCAUGAUAGCAAGGGAACUCGGAGCCGGUCACCGGUCUACCCCGCGGGGCUACCGGGGGAUAACGUCAGUUAUGAACUGGCCGUGGCUAAUGGCAAGAACACCCCACGGAAGAGUGCUAAAAAUGGCGGAUAUAACGUCCCACCUCCGGACUAUGAAGGUGUUGAUGUGUCGAACUUGGCCAAUGGUUCCAAAGAUAAUCAAGCAUUCAAAUCCAGUGUCGCUACAGAUUUAGAUAAGGCUUAGCCGGAACUAAAAUUGGGUAGCGUGUUUAAAUUUUUUUACUUUCAUUUUUCUGCCCUUUUUUAUCUUUUUUUUAUAAAAGGACUUAUUUGAGACAUAUAUUUGAUUUCUGGUAUUCACUCAAUCGCUUAUAGUACUCAGCUGUGGUUAUAUAGCCUGAGAAAUUCUUAUUAGUGGCACCUGGGGUUGAAGGACAGUCCUGAGGGAAAAGAUAUUGUGUGAAAGAUACAUCCGCGGUUAUUGGGUUGUGGCUAGUAAACUAUUCAAAGAAUUGCCGAUAAUUUUGUACAUAGCUUGGUAAGGUUUUGGUACCAUAUUUAAAUGGAUAUUUACAAACAAAUAGUUGGUUUUUAAACACUUUAUUUAAAAGAAUAGUGUCCACAUUACCCUUUGCGUAUAUUGUGUAGUCUUUAGUGUGCAAACCUUGUCAAACAAGUAAAUUAGCUUCAACGAACAACUUAAGACGUAUGAUAUUGGAGUGAAUCGCACCUCUUGUCAUAUUUGGGAGCAAAAGCAAAGGCGUUUUGGAGACGCGUGUGGCAACCGCGAGAGCAGAGUUUUCCUUUCUUUGGGACUUUGUAAAAGGUUGCGUUUCGCGUCUCGUAGUUGUCUUUGCCCAAGUUCCCCAUGCUGUAGAGAGUUACUUUGUAGUAUGACUGCAUAAUGGUAAAUACACUUAAGCAAUCCAGGGCUCGACAACUUUUCGACUUACUAGCCAAGUGGCUAGUGACAUGUUAGAUGUUACGACAAUUUCAGUUUGUUUAGUAACCAAAACUGAAUUUCUACUAGUCUGGCUAGUGGUCUGGCUAGUGGGCUACCGUUAGUGACGAGCCCUGGCACUUUAGGACUUCACGUGUAGACUUGACAUAAUUUAGGAUCAAAUCAGAAGAAUUGAAUUUCAAGGGGUCGACGCAAGGGAGCACAUGAUUCAAAGAUUCAGUACUGCAAAUUUGUAAUCGAUGCAAAUCGCACUGUAAAAGGAAUAACAGCGUGAAAAAGGUUCAUGUUACACGUGGUAGAGGUUUUUUUUUCAGGCUAUAGUGCCCUAUUGUUACGGCUCCUAUGAACUGAACAUGACAGUUUACUUAGUUCCUUUUUUCCGUCGUGAGUUAGGCGGACUCCCUACAUCCCUGGUGUGUAACAUUUCUUCAAAACUCUCUUUAAAUCGUUUCCAAGCCCUCUCACCUUUGCCUUUUUGUCGUUGAGAAGAGAGACAAGGCAGGAAAGGGGAAGAGAGAGCCUGGGAACAUUUCUAUUGGGUUAUUCUUGUCUCUUUAGUGUUUUUCUGUCUUAUUGAACUAAUAUUUUGUAAUCAUUUACAAUCCAUGUCAUUCUUUUAUAUCCACCACCACCCUCCUUCGUUCUUUGUUUACAUGUAUCUCUUGGGUGUUUGGCCUUUCUUCUUACCAAAUAUUACAUGCUAAAAAAAAAUACGUUCUGUAGCGUAGCUCCUCAAAGAAAUUAUGCAAAGGUUUAUAUUUCUAUGCACUAUCUUACAAUGCACCCGGUCAAUUAGCCAACCUAGUAAUAUACACCCUUUCAAGUUGUUGUUAGCCAUUUUGUUUGGUGAAGCAUCUUAUGUCCAUAUUUGUGACAGAAUUUACUUGAAUAAAAUACAGCACAAAGUA